AUGUUGGGGUUGUCGGCAGAGUCCAUAAUGGACCAGGCUUCUACAAAAGAUCAGCCACAAUCUCCUUGGGAUGUAAUGUGGGAAUACAUUCUGGAUGAUUUUGAGUCGGAUGACGAUGAUGAUAAUACUGUCCCAACAGUGUCUACACGAGGAACAAUCGAAACGGCCGAGGAGAAUGUGAUGUCUAUGACUCUAUUAAAGGAUCAAUGGAUGAAAGCUGCAAAAGAAAUAUCAGAUUUCGCUCAGACUCAUGUGAUUGAAGAAAGAGAUGAGAGUGGCUCAAGCAUUUACCCUUGGCGACGACACCAGAGAAAGCUUGAUGUGCGAGAAAAGAAUGAAAGCCGAAAAGUAAAAUGGAGCGGGUUUGGAAUAAAAAGUAAAAUGGCAAAGAAGCAGGACCAACAGCUGACAGCCGAAAGUAUCCUGGAUAAAGCUUCGAUGGCAGCAGUAGCCAUCAGUACAGGUGUGAAGAAAGUGAAGUGGGAAGAAGUGGGAGGGCACAUGAUCAAUAUUUUUGAUGUCGUUCAACCAAGACAUGUGCUCAGCGGAGGUCAAAGCUCUUCAGAUUCGUCAUGUGGGGAUUCUGAAAGCAAGGGGUAUAGUGUCAAUUCGGCCGAAGACGACUCAAUUUCCCACCAUGAUGCUCGAGUUGAUAAGAGUGCAAAGAGAGCCUCUGGGCGCCAUCAUCAUAGGGACGGGUAUGAUGACCCAGAAUCCUUUUUGAACGGAUCAAAGAGUAUGGAGAAUUGUUUUAAGAAGCCAGCCGUUCGCCAGGUAGAACACAAAACAACGACGCAGGACACGAAUCAUCCAAAAUCGGGGACAAGCGUUGUCCGCAUUCCGAUUUCGUCUCCACUUGAAGAAGACGCAGGCCAUGGUAAAGAUUCAAGUGGCACCGGACGCAAGGACGGCGAUGAUGGCCCAAGCCAGCUCACACGGAAGUUUGCUUGUUUUGCAAAGAUAGAGAAUAAUGAAUUGGACGCUAUUCAUCAAUUGGACGACGACAUGGGGUUCUUUUUUCCAGCUGCGAGAAUGGUAUCCGACCUCGAGGGUCAGGUUCCAAUAAGUCUACAAAUGAGCGCUGAAAAUGGCGUAAUGGGGAUCCCUUCUGAUCAUUUUUUGGGAACGAAGGGACCGCAGUCUUUGUAUUCGUAUGAGUAUGAAGGAAGGGUUCACAUGGACAUUUCAUACACCAAGUUUGGGGACGACCCACAUGAAUGCAUCGCUCUCCGCAAAUUUGAAUUCAUGCCAACUCUAAAACCAGAGGAUGGAAACAGGGUUCUUUUACAAGUUGAAGCUUCUACGAUAUCUAUUCGAGACUGCAAAAUUCGUCAAGGGAAACUGAAAAUUGAAGAAUACGGAUCAUCUCCUGUAACACCAGGAGUAGAUGUUGUGGGCAAGGUAAUCGGUGUUUCCCAAAGCACUUCUUCUUCUUUUGCACUAUACCCCGGUCAAAGUGUGCUUUCACUCGUCCAAGUUGGAGGCAACUCAAGGUACAUUUCAGUCGAUCCAGAAAGACUUGUGAAAGUAUCCGAAGGUAUGGAUCCCGCGCAGGUUGUAUGUCUGUGUGAUACUUACCUUUCAGCAUUCCAGAGUCUGCAUUAUGGGCAGAUUGCAUUCUCUCGAUAUGCGGCGAAGUCGCUUGAAGGGAAAACCGUGCUAAUAAUUGGAUCCAUAGCCUCCACGUUUGGAAAAGCUGUGAUGGAACUGGCAGUAGAUGGGAAUGCCGCCAUCGUAUUUGCGACAGCAAAAAGAAAGUACUGGAGAAUGCUUCUGGGACUCGGGAUUAUCCCUCUCCCAGACGAUUCCACAGAAUGGCUGAAUCGGGUGGAGGGAACCGUCGAUCUAGCAUUGAUUGUGGGUAUGGAAGAACCGAGCAGAGUUGCAGCUUUCCAUGAACGAGCUUUGCGAGAAAACGGUCGUCUAAUUAUUUGUGGGUGCGACGAACCCAAGAAAUUCGCAAAAUCAUCGGAAAGGCGAGUUGUUGUUUACGACGUAUAUGAUCAAUGGGGAAAAAAUCUAGAAGUAUCAAAACGGGACAUGCAACACUUGAUUGCCUUGCUGGAGAAGGAGAAAAUUCGUCCCAAAGUGCUAGAUAGACUUCCACUUGCCAAAGUGGCAGAUGCUCAGAAACUCAUCGAGUCAAAAGCCAAAUUGUCUGGAAUUCUGGUUUGUGAACCUUGGAUGAAAACGAAAAAACGGGCACUAUACCUGUAG